AUGCUAUUCUUCCUCCUCGGCCGCACCGGGCAUCGGGAAAGUCGGCGAGUACUGCAGGUUGUUUGGAACAUUGGUCAGGGUCAGGGCAAGAGAGCGGAUGGUGCGUCCCACAAACCGACUUUGGCACAGCGCCGAGGCUAUGGCGACGACGUCUUGAAAUGGCCCGGCCAGCAUGUCUUACGAGACGACGACGAUGCACGCGACGCAGGAAGCAAGAGUACGUGGGGCUUAUCAUGGGAUAACAAUACCGGUCGCGACCGGCGAGAGCAUCUCGGUCACCCCGAAGGAGAAGGCGAUGAGGGCGAUGAAGGCGAUGCUAUUCUCCCACAGAACCGCACUCGAGACGACUUGUUGGGUAUAGAGAGCCAACUCGACUUGUGGGAGCGCUUCGAGAGCGAAACCGCCCAGGGCCCAUACACACCUGCCCAGAAGCAGACUGAAGCCGACGAGGAGGCUCCAGAGCCCGCGAUCCUGACAAAUUCGCUCUUGGACGUGGAUUAUAAGAACGAAUUGCAGCCAGCGUUGGACAAGAGGGCCUCGGAUCUCGUGAUACGAUGCUUGUACGCUGCUGCUCAGGUACAUGAUCAGGACUUCCUCGCUUCCAUAUCUGCUCCAAUGUUCAGCCAGAUACUGGAGCUGUUAGAGCCCAAUCAAUUCGUGGCAAAACUUGGCACGGCGCACAUUGAACUCAGUACCGCAUUGGCGGCGUCGAUGAACAUCGCCCCUAUGCGUGAGGUAGCAUUUGAAUACAAUAAAACACUCCUACGGAUCUUGAAGGAUCGACGCUCGACAGGCCACAUUCCCACGCUCGACGAUUAUGUAUUGCUCCUUCGCAGUGCUCGGCUCUUAGGAAGCCAUAAAAUGGCCGGCAUAGUAUGGCGUAGUCUUCUGAAAGAUGGAAUCCAACCAGACACGCGCUGCUUUAAUCAUUAUAUGGCAUCCCUGGUGUGGAAUGGCAUGCACUCGGCUGGCUCCAGGCACAAAGUGCGCGCAAUACCGUUUUUCAUGAUGGCCAGGAGCGCAGCUCAUCGCGACCGUCGCUUCUCAAACUACCGUGUCGGCGAUCGUGGCGUCAAGGAAGAAACGAUGAAAGCAUUCGGGGAAAUGUUAGCGUUUGGAGCGGUGGCCGAUCAUGAGAGCUUUCAAAUCUUGAUUACCGCUUGCGCACGAGAUGGCGAUAUUGCUACUGUCAAGGCCAUUCUCCAGCGUGUGUGGGGCAUUGAUGUGCAGAGCAUUAUGGAAGGCAAAGACGAGGCCACGAUCGCGCCCAAGUCGUUCUCGGAUGACUCGCCAAUACGACCACAAUCCAGCCUUCUGUUUGCCCUUGCUCAUGCGUUCGGCAUUAACAACGAUGUGCCUUCAGCACUUCGGGUCGUGGAUUUUGUGGCACGGCACUAUGAAUUGGAAAUCACGUCGGAGAUUUGGAACCAAUUGUUCGAAUGGACCUUUGUGCUCGCGCACCAACGCCGACCAGACGCUCCAGAAAAUGCCGGGAAGCUACCUAUAGGAAGCGUUCUGGGUCUAUGGGAGACGAUGACAGGUCCUCCGUACUUUAUCAAACCAACCCUGGGCAUGUACUCCCGACUCAUUAGCAAUCUAGUUGAUCGAAAGUACACCUCAAAGAUUAUAGAGGUUAUGCGCGAAGCAAUGCCGCUACACCGUGCUGAUGCCGAUGCGGCCCACAAGGCACGGAGACGACUGGCGGCCGCUGUUCAAGAGGGCAAGCCGGUUGACGACAUUGAAAUGAGUCGAAAAGAGUGGGAGUAUACUCGCAUGAUUCACGCUCGCAACGUCUUCUGGUUGCGACGCUGGGUCCGACAAAUUUUGACGUCUUUGAACAUACGGAAUGUUUUUGACGGAGGCAAAGCCAAAUUCCUGGACGAGCUUCCACGGGUCCUCUGGGAAUGGCGACGAUAUGCGCCUCGCAAAGUGCAAUAUGAAAUUGCAUCCGGCUUCAUCGACUUGGAGUUUCACGAAGAGCGAGAUGCGAGCCGGCGGCGGUCUGCUGACCGACUGCAUCCGUUGAAGGAGAAGAGUAGGAGAUAUGUCGGCAACGACUGGGCGGUGGAACAUAAAAUGUCAGACAAAAAUCUCGAAGAACGAGAGCAACGCCGCUGCAGCAAAGCGGCAGCGCGAGAAGAGCAGAACUUCCGUAGACUCGUUGGCGGCCACCUUGCAAAGGAGUUUGGCAGCGCUCUGUGAGCACAGUAACCACGUUCGACAGUACCAUGUCAGUGCUUGUAUAGGUUCAUAGGUACCUACUACUUACCUAGUCGUCAGCACGAAUUAAUUCUCUACC